AUGCCGCUACGGGAUGCUGGCUUCACUCGCCUGCACAGCCCAGAUGCCUUCGAUGAAGUCCUUGAUUCGGGGAAUUAUCGCAGUAUCCGCGCAGAGCAAUUGCUGUCGGGCUAUGCAGAAUUCCACGCGCGUCAUGGAAGCAUUUUCGACGACACCCUAUUCAGCCUUUUCGCGGCAAGCGGAAGUCCUGCACGCCGCUUUCCGACAAGAGAGGAGGUCCAAAUGGCAGGCGACUUGCUGUUCCAGAAGUCUAGAGAGGCAGGCCACGUGGACUUCUUCAUCAGCCACUCAUGGAAAGCAGAGAGGUGGAGCAAGUUUCUGGCACUGUGCAUGUUUUUCAACCUGAAACUGGCGAUCAAGUGCUCUUUUGCCGUGUGGUGCACCGCGGCCGUGUUCUUGAUUGCUUCCACUGGCUGGGCAUCACUGGGCGGCAGCUACUUCAACUUUCCUUGCCUAGUGUGCUUGCCGCUGGCCACGUUCUUCAUCGUGUUCUUUUGGGGACAGCAACUCUCCGGUGGACUUUGGUCCCCCACAGUCUGGCUUGAUAGGUUCUGUAUUCACCAGACGGACCUGGAGCGGAAGCAGCAACAGAUCGUAUCCCUUCCGGUUUUCGUUGCACGCUCGUCUCGAAUGCUGCUUCUGUGGGAUGAUACUUACUUCGACAGACUUUGGUGCCAUUUAGAGCUUGCCACCUUCGCAUGCUACGGAGGUGCAGAAAAGGUGGAUGUGGUUCCGCUGUGGCUGGCCCCAUGGCUGCUCGCUUCGAUCGUUUCGCACCUCCUCAGCGUCAGCUUUCUUGAGCUGUUGGAGCAUGUGUUCCCGAGUUGGAGCGCUCAGUGGAUACCGGGCAUCCUGAGUGUGCUGCAGUCACACUUUGGGGACAGCGAGGCCCUCCAGAAGUUCGCUGCAAUUGGCAUCAUCGGGAUGAUCUCCAGCAUCAUUGCGCUCCCUGUCUCGAUCCCGAGCUUCUUCGCCUUUCGCCUGAAGCUCCGCAGUCACCAGCUGAUGCUCAGUCAGAUGGCCGGCUUCGAAGUACGGGCUGCGAGCUGCACUGUGCCGGCCGACCGGAGCGCGGUCGAGCAACAGGUCCAGCAGCUGUUCAGCUGCGAUUCAGGAAGCCGACACCAUGCCGUUGAUGAGGGCGAGGUCCACCUUCAGAAAUUCCCGGCACCUUGGGAUCCACUUGACGGCUUCAACACGUAUGUGAGGGGAACUCUGCGCGAGGCUGUGAUAGGUCAAAUCGGAAACGAGCUGGACGUGCCUUGGCACACCUGCUUGACUGCGAUCCUCCCCAUGAUCUUUUAUUCUUCUGUGAAUAUUCUCGGAUGUGACAAUGGAUCAUGCGAAGAAUCUGCUCGGAGUUCCGGCUACAGCUCAGUCUUUCAGUACAUGAGCGUCCAAGUUGUCGCUUGGGCAUUUUCCUUGGUUACUGGCUAUGUGGUGAUCUUCCCCGUCCUGCUCAGGACGGUUAAGUUUGUUGUUUCCUGCGGCAGCGGUAGCUCUCCGUUGCAAUGUGUACUGGCUAGCAUUGGCUGCCCGCUGGCUUUUGAAUACUGCUACUUUUGCGUCAGCUUGACCUGGGGCUCGAUCGUGUCUGUCGUCCAGAAGUACUCAAGAGUUCAACUGGCGAUCUCCCUGGCGAUCAUGACCUGUCUGGUGGCACAAGGCAUCGUCUUAUUUUGUGGAAAUACGAUGCCCCGCAGGCAACAGGUUUCGUGCCGCUGUGUGACGCGAGAGGCGGCGGCCGCGGGUUGA